AUGCUGCGGCUGCUGGUGUCCGGCUGCGGCCCGGGCCUGGGGCGCGGCGUGGGCGUGCGGGGGCUGCUCCCUGCCCGCUCCGGGCCCCGCACGCGUCCUGCCACGGGGAUCUGCGCCCCGAGCCGCCAGGCCUCCGACGCGCCCCGGAACCAGCCCCCCAGCUCCGAGUUCGUGGCCCGGCCGGUGGGUGUCUGCUCCAUGAUGCGGUUGCCUGUGCAGAGCUCUCCCGAGGGGCUGGACGCCGCCUUCGUCGGGGUGCCCCUGGACACUGGGACUUCCAACCGGCCCGGGGCCAGAUUUGGACCCCGUCGGAUCAGGGAAGAAUCAGUGAUGCUGCGGACGGUCAAUCCCAGCACAGGGGCUGCCCCCUUCCAGUCCCUCAUGGUGGCAGACCUGGGCGACGUGAAUGUCAACCUCUACAACCUGCAGGACAGCUGCCGGCUGAUUCGAGAGGCCUAUGAGAACAUCGUAGCAGCUGGCUGUGUUCCUCUGACCUUGGGUGGAGAUCAUACAAUCACAUAUCCCAUAUUGCAAGCAGUGGCAAAAAAGCAUGGCCCUGUGGGGCUGCUGCACGUGGACGCUCACACGGACACGGCUGACAAGGCCCUAGGAGAGAAGCUCUGUCACGGGACGCCCUUCCGCCGGUGUGUGGACGAGGGGCUCCUGGACUGUAAGCGGGUGGUGCAGAUCGGCAUCCGGGGCUCUUCCACAACCUUGGAUCCCUACAGAUACAACCGGAGCCAGGGCUUCCGGGUAGUCCUGGCCGAGGACUGCUGGCUCAAGUCGCUGGUGCCGCUGAUGGGGGAGGUGAGGCAGCAGCUGGGAGGCGGGCCCCUUUACAUCAGCUUUGAUAUUGACGCCUUGGACCCUGCCUAUGCGCCAGGGACAGGGACACCUGAAAUUGCGGGUCUCACCCCCAGUCAGGCUCUGGAGAUCAUCCGGGGUUCUCAAGGCCUGAAUGUGGUGGGUUGUGACCUGGUGGAAGUUGCACCGUUGUACGAUCUUUCUGGAAACACGGCACUCCUGGCGGCUAACCUGCUGUUUGAAAUGCUAUGUGCUCUCCCCAGAGUGAAAAUUGCCUGAGCCUUGUGCUGGUCAAGAUGAAACAACAGGUUGUGUCACUGACAAAUUCUCAAUAAUUUAUGAGCAAGCAGAGUACUAAAGAGUUCAUGUCAAUAAAACUUUCUGCUAAAAGUGCCAUUGGUGCCUGUAAAAUCAGGGCAUCUGGUAGAACUCUAAUCCAAACAGCUAACAUUUCAAAGGAGUUUGGAUUAACUUUAAAAAAAAAAAGUAGCUGGACAGCUUUGAAUUUUUUCCUUUGAUGAAAGAUGGUAGAGGAUAAAGGGGAAAGGAAUGGAGAACUUAGUUCAGGAUUAUCUAAACAAUGGAGAAAUAAAAUUAGAAAAACAUAUGAAACAAUACUGUAUAAACCCUCCAUAUUUCUAUGGUAUCUUCCUUUAAAUACAGCUCCUUCUACUGAGGAGCUGAGGGCUCCAUGUUGGUUUUAGGACAAUUCUGCCCAUAAAUAAAAAGUUUGAGAGAAAAUAACAUGCAGAUCCUAAUAAAGAUGCUUCCUCUUCAAAAGCCCUGGUGGGUACACAAAAUGUCUUCUGAGCCAGACACAUCAGUCAGCCCCCAGGGCCCUAAAUGAAACUUCCUCUAACCCACUCUCUCAGUUUUGCAUUAUCUCCUCAUCAAGGGGAGGCACCCUCUGGGACAGCAAUUCCCGAAAUCUGCAGUUGCAAUGCACUGACCUUAAGCAUGUGUUGAGUUACAUGCAGAUUGAAUUUUGUUGACAUUGUAUCCGUGAUUAAAUCAUCAUCUUGCCAUACAAGAGCUACCCCAUAAUCAUCACACAUUAAAAUAGUUUAUUUCUGUUUCCAGUCUGUAAGAUUCUCAAAACAAAAUAACAUCAGCUUCAGUGCCUGUUCACAAUACAAACAUAAAAAAGACAAGAUUCGCCAAAUAAAUUAUUUGUUCCUGUGAGUAUCAAAAGUGCAAAAUAUUCACCUUCUUUUCAGAUCUGUCUCCCAAGUAUUAUCAUCCUCCUUGACAAACUGAACAGAUAAGAUUCAGCAGCUGCCACACUGUAUUUACUGUAAAGACAAGGUCAGGUAUUUUGGACUUGAACAACAUUUCAUCUUUAAAGAUGCUUUGCAUCAGCUUUUAAAGAGUUUUACUUAAAAAAAAAAAAAAAAAAAA